AUGGUGUCCGCACGGCUUGUAGAUUUUCCGGAGGAACCAGACGACGGAGAUGUGGGCCCUUUACCCGAUAUGAUGUUUGCCGCCGGCGAGGAACCUGUAGGGGUCCGUGUUCUUACGUAUCAGUUUUCUAGUGCCUUAAAUAGGAUAUUUAAGGCUCUAGACGAAGAGGAAAUUGAUUUCAUUAGGAAAUCGCCAUUUGGGAAGUUGAUAGAGAUAGCAGAGAAACCGGUGUUUUCCGGAAGAUUCGCUAGGUAUAUGUUAUCAAGACAGCUUAAAACGAAGAAGAAGUAUGAGUUAUGGUUCAGGUUUGCUGGCCAUCCCAUUAGAUUCGCUCUGCGCGAAUUUGCAAUUGUUACGGGCCUCCGAUGCGGUAAAUACCCGGCGAAGGCGAAGAUGAAGCUUAAGAAGACAAUAUCGGCGAAACCUUAUUGGCCGUGUCUAUUUGGAAAAGUGGAGGUUGUGACGGUUUCUUCGGUCAUCAAAAUGCUUUAUCGGAAAACAGUUAAAGACAAGGAAAUCCGUAUCAAGUAUGCUUGCUUGGCGCUUCUAGAAUCGGUUCUCCUCCCAACUAGCGUUAAGAUGAAGAUUUCAAGAGAGCAUGCUGAAGCCAUUGCAGAUCUUGAUGACUUCUUUUCUUAUCCAUGGGGAAGACUUGCAUUUGAAAUGCUCGUUGGGAGUAUAAAAGAGCGUGAUGAGGUUGCUCUGUCUCAAAAUACUAUUGCUGUUAAAGGAUUUGCGCUAGCUCUCCAGCUUGUGCUGGUUGAAGCAGUUCCUGCGUUGACAGAGGGUGUGCAAGAAUUAUGUUCAUCAUCUGAAUCUGAUAGUGAUGAUGUCGAAGGAAUCAGUCGUGAUAUAUUUGCAAAGAAGAACACUCUAAAUCCAUCACAUGGCCGAAAUGUGGACAAGCAAAGCAAUGUAAAGGUUAGUUGUCUUAUUGGGGAGGACAAUACUCAAACUUUUGGCGAAGCAAAUUUAGUGUGGUCUGAUGAAGAGCCUGAUUCCACAAUUGAUAACCUCGUUUCCAGAAUCGACACAAACUAUAAGUUCACAACUUCUUUGUUUCGGGGUGGCCUAAGACAUAGUGAUGUAGAGCGUAUGCGACAAUCGUGUAAAUCUACUACGAAGUCAAGGAAGUCAACAUAUGGACAUGGCCAUCUACAACACGCUGAUGCCGGUAAUAUCACAAGUGAUGUGAUUGAGAAAAUAAAACCGCAGUUUGAUAACUUGGAGAAGAAGUUCAAAUUGGCUUGUCGAAUGGGUGAUGCAAUUGAGGGUAAGGUUGUUGUACACGUCAAACAAAUGCUUGACACGUUCAAAGCUGAGAUGAUGGUAUCUGUCAAGGACAUGGUUGCAACAAUGUGUAAGGAGAAUGUUGAUACGCCAAACGUGGUAUGUAAUCAACUUUUGCCAACACCGGUAACAUUGCCUUUUACCUCGACGGGGCCAGCUGAUGAUGUUGAUAUAAAUGCGGAAACCAUUGCAAAUGUGCUAAGAAACAUAAGUGAUUACUCAACACCACCACGUUCAACCCCUAUUAGCCAGGACGAGAAUCUUACUCCAUCGAACAAAAGAGUUGGCGCUUCCGGCUUUGAUUGCCAACCUCCCGGAGCAGAGACAUAUGCACAAUCUGAAAAUAGCCAGAAUCGUACCUGCCAAAAUGUUUUCCAGCAACGUUUGGACGCUCAUAUGCGGCGAAGCGAAAACUUGGGCAGUGAACCUUCCUUCUCCCUUGGGUUAACUCAAGAGGAGCAUAUUUUGGGCGCCGACCGUGUUGUGGUACCCGAGGUCCGGCAGCAGGAUUGUACAUCUCAAACCAAUGUGGUUGAGAACAAUGAUCACGGUCAUGGAUCAAGGAAAAGCAAGCGGCAGAAAACUGUUCCAUCAGUUCUAGUUGCGGAUUACCAAUGUGGACGACACAUUAUGGCCCGAGUUAAAGAAGCACAGAAGUUCAGUUUUGGAACAUACGAUCAGUCUGAGAUGAGAAGGAAGUAUGGGCACCUGUGUGUCAAGUUGGGGCAGAAGUUGUAA